AUGCCAGAACCAGUGCUUCAAACGGAAGCGGUACUAGGCACUAGCGGCCAAACGGAUACCCAUCAAGCGCUAGGGUCAGGUCGCGCGUCGCGUGAUCGAGUACGAGAAGUGAUCAACAACGAGGAGUUGCCGCGGCGGAUAAAUCAAAAGGACGAAAAUUACUACUUCCUGACGGUGGACUCGGAGCAGACGAUCGACGCGGGGCCCAAGGGCAACUUGGCCAGGUUCAUCAACUACUCGAGUCCAACUGCGAGACGUUGCUGUGGAAGGUCGGCGGAAGCCAAUCCGUAGGGCUGUUUGCCCUCAAGGACCUCAAGGCAGUAAGUUUUUCGAAAUUCCGGUAAAAACACUUACUACAACUAACUCUUCUUACUCUUUUCU